AUCGUAGUAAACUCAAUGAAAAUAAUCAGUAGGCAUUUGUCGAUAGUGUAUUGUAUCCGUAGCGCCGGCUAGAACGUGCCAGAAUUGCGAAAUUUAUAAUCGCGGUUCCGCCUACACCAGUUUUAUAAAUAAACUUUGUGUUAGUGUAUAGUGUCUGGAUUUUGUGAAAAUGACCAACGCACCAGUCAAAAAAGUCCCGAUACACCUGCAGAGCUCUCAGAAUCGUCUGCUUAUCAAGAAUGGGAAGAUCGUCAAUGAUGAUGGAAUGGAAGACCUCGAUGUGUACAUCGAAGAUGGAAUUAUCAAACAAGUGGGACGGAACCUCAUCAUCCCCGGUGGUACUCGUACUAUCGACGCUACCGGCAAGCUGGUGAUGCCAGGUGGUAUCGACCCCCACACCCACUUCGAGCUGGAGAUGAUGGGUGCCAAGUCAGCUGAUGACUUCUACAAGGGCACCAGAGCGGCGGUGGCUGGAGGCACGACGUGUGUCAUUGACUUCGUGUUGCCCCAGAAGGGUCAGUCUUUAUUGGAGGCUUACGCAAACUGGAGAGAAAAGGCUGAUGGCAAGGUAUGCUGUGACUACGGCCUCCACGUUGGCGUCACCUGGUGGUCUCCUCAAGUGCGCAAGGAGAUGCAACAGCUGACCACCGAGCAGUACGGAAUCAACUCCUUCAAGAUGUUCAUGGCUUACAAGGAUGCCUGGAUGCUGGACGACUACGAUCUGUACUGCGCCAUCGAGACUUGUGCGGAACUCAGGGCUUUGCCACAGGUCCACGCUGAAAACGGCAACAUCAUUGCUCGCAACACGGAGAAGCUGCUCGCUAAGGGAGUCACGGGCCCUGAGGGUCACCAGCUGUCACGUGACGAGGAGGUCGAGGCGGAGGCGGUGAACAGGGCCUGCGUCAUCGCCAACCAGGCCAGCUCCCCGCUGUACAUCGUGCACAUGAUGUCCCGCAGCGCAGUCCGCGCGCUGCAGCAGGCGCGCGCGCGACAGCGACACGUCCUGCUCGGGGAGACCCUCGCCGCCAGCGUCGGGACUGAUGGCUCUCACUACGGCAACUCGUGUUUCCGCCACGCGGCGGCGCACGUGUUGUCCCCGCCGCUACGCCCCGACCCCGCCACGCCGCAGGCGCUGUGCGAGGCACUCGCUGAUGACGACCUCCAAUUGAUCGGUAGUGAUAACUGCACGUUUCAUGAAAAGGACAAGGAGUUGGGCAAGAACAACUUCUGCAAGAUACCCAACGGAGUCAACGGGGUGGAAGACCGGAUGGCCAUACUGUGGCAGAAGGCUGUUAAUACUGGUAUAAUGGACCCAUGCCGCUUCGUAGCGGUGACCAGCACCAACGCAGCGAAGAUCUUCAACAUGUACCCUCAGAAGGGGCGCGUGGCCGUCAACAGCGACGCCGACCUCGUGGUGUGGGACCCCAAGCUGGAGAGGACCAUCUCCGCCGCCACGCACAAGCAGGCCGUCAACUUUAAUAUCUUCGAGGGUCAACACGUUGUGGGCAGCCCUCAAUAUGUGAUCGUCAACGGACGCGUCUGUUUGGAUGAUGGAGAACUCAGGGUCGUUGAAGGUUUCGGCAAGUUCAUCAAGACGGCGGUGGACUCCCCCGCCGUGUUCGGGUCGGCGCCGGCGCCCGCGGCCGCGCCCGCGCAGCUCGACGUCUCGCACGUCAGCAACGGCUCGCCCUCGCCCGACUUAGGUAAUAUGACCAAGAGUGUGGAGAGUCUGUCUGUGUCUGGCUGCAGCACACCAACUGGUCGCAAGAUGAGGGAGCCUGGUGCAAGGAACCUUCAGACUUCUACUUUCUCUAUCAGCAAAGAGAUCGAGGGUCUGGAUACGAAGACUUCAGUCCGCGUGAGGAACCCCCCCGGCGGCAAGUCCUCGGGGCUGUGGUAAACAAUCAGGGGUUGCUAGGCAACGGAUACUGUACUUGUGAACACUUGUGAUUAUGUAUUUAUUUGAUUGAUUUUAUGAUGACUGGGUUGUUUGUGGUGUUUGGCAGGUCAUGUGACUAUUAAUUUCUCUUUUUUUUACCUAUGUACCAUAAUAUCAGCCUAUAAUUGUUCAUAUGGAACAGGCAUCUUCUCAUAUAGAGAAGACCAUGAUACUAAUAUAGUAUAGACCAUAAGUUGGUCAAAUUAAUGCUUGUCAGUUGAUAACGAACCAUUUUGCCCCAUUCAGUGUCUGCAAAACACCUACGGUCCUGAAUGAAUUCUAAAUAUGUUAACAAAGAUUUUUUUUUACAUUGGGUAAAAAUCUAGCUAACAUUCACAAAAAAUACUUCAAAAAAUGAUUUUCAAACCGUACCUAGAUAAAGAUAAGACAUAAUUUUUAGUCACGUGAUUCCUGACUAAAACAAAAUGGAGUAGGUUAUUUAAGUUAGAUUUAUUUAAUUGUAUGGCAUCUAAUUAUAUUUAGAUGAUGGUUAGGUAAAGGUCGGGUGGAAGUGUAAUCUGUGUGUUAACGGUACUUUAGGUACCAACCAUGUAUGUUUUGUAUUCAUAGAUAUUUUGACAGUUAACAUUGACAGUAACUGUUAUUUAACGUCAUCAGAAUGUAAGUUCGUGGUUUAGAAUUUUUUACCCGAGAUCUAAAAAAGGAAGUUAGUUAAUUCGAUUGUAUAUAUGUAUUUUAUACGUCGAAUAACAAUGAACAUACAAAAAUAACUACAAGUUAAUGUUUUAUACAUGAUUUUGAACUACAUAAAAAAUUAAAAGGCCUGAUUUUAAAGAAUCAUUCGCAAGUACCAGUAUCCGACUUGUGACAGCUAAGAACCAAGUUUAAGCUACUUUUAUAACCCAAAGCUUACAGCAUUACUAUAUGUUAGUCCGUUAGAUGCGACAUGACAUGAUAACAGUUAUGUAUUCAAUAAUAUUAUGUUAAAAAUCAGUUAUCGACGAAGUUCAAUAAGGCGAUUGUUUAGUGAAUUUUUGUAACUUUUAGACAUAAUUGCCAAUUGUUAUUUGUAUUUGAUUAUGCUUGUAUUUAAUUGAGUAUUUGUUAACCUGAAUAUUUAGGUGUAAGGUCUUGACAACGCUGGCGGGUUUGCUUGCAUUUUGUUUCACAUUUUAAUUCUAUAUUAGCCUGCGUAUAAGCGUGUGAAGCGUUUAGGCCGUAGGAUGUAUAAAAAUGAUUACAUAUCAAAGGUGUUACAUACAAAAAAAAAUGUAUGUAUUUUUCUUUGAUGUGUAAUUAUAUUUUUAAUCUACUUUGGCACAAAUCACAGCACUUAAUUCAAUUGGAAUAAAGGUUUGAAAUUAAAUUAAUUUUAGCUGACAACAAAUUAGUUUAGAUGUUGUUGGCUGUUAUCUCGUUUAUUCAGGUAAAUAAGUAGCUUAAUAAUUAAUUUGUUUAAAUUGACAAUGUUAACUGGUUAUAAUUAUAUUAUUAGUAGUUUUUACAAUGUCCUAGAAUACCUGUAUGCGUGUAUCGGAUAGUUUUUAAUACCAAAAAUAUAACUUCCAAUUCCCCUGUUGCUAAAAUGGGUCAAAAGUUUAUAACUAAUUGCAUUUAUUUAAUGUUAAUUUUCAUUUUGCAUUUUGACAUUUCUCUAAAAGAGUUUUAAGGUUUGUAUCAUCUUAUUGCUUUUAAAAUUAAGAGUGAUGUUUUCAUCUCCCCUCGUUAUUCUAAUACAAUAUUGUAUGAGAUUUUUAAAUUAUAAUGCUGUCUUAAUAGUUAAUUAGGUGGAGUGCGAAUGUGUGGAUGUUGUGCUUAUGUGGGGGUCACACUGUUAUUGUAAGUUACACAUAGGGUCCUAUUGGUUAACUUGAACGAUCCUAACACCUGAAUACUGUCAAAUGGGUUAAUUAUGUAUUGGAGUCGAAAAGAACAGUUAAAUACAGAUUAUUUCAACAUGGACGUUGUUAACACUAAAAUAGGUCUGUGUUAUUUUUUUCAUUGUCUCCGAAAAUACAAAUACUUUGGUAAUUUAAUCAAUAAAUUGCAAAGUUAUUUAAUAUUUUUCGGACUUUAAAAGGGAUGUUCAAAAUUUAGUUUUUUUUUUCAACUUUACCUAGUAUUUUGUAAGGUUUUUAUGAUUUCGAUUCCAGUAUUACUGUUUAAAAUCACAAAGAAUGGAACUGGUCAGUAUCGGGGCCAAUAUCUGAGUAUCGCAGUACAAAACCUUUAUAGUGAACCUAACGUCUCAGUUUAGUACUAGUCUUGCAACCUGCGUCACAACUUUUAUAGCGUUUUACAUUAUUUCUAAAUGUAUAUUCUCUAUUAUGCAUUGUCACGAAUAAACAAUGUAAUCUCAGA